GCUACUUUACGAACCUAGAGCAGCGCCGCUCCGCCUCCUGUCUCCCUCCUCACCUCCCCGCCCCCUCCCAGUUUCGCAUCUCCUAGCCCGACGCUCCCGCUAUAAUCACGUGAUUGCCUCAUCCGGGUCCUUUGCGUUCUCUCUCCCUCUCCCAACAUGGCGGCCUCAGCAAAAAAGAAGAAUAAGAAGGGGAAAACUAUCUCCCUAACAGACUUUCUGGCUGAGGAUGGAGGGACUGGGGGAGGAAGCACCUAUGUCCCCAAACCAGUCAGCUGGGCUGAUGAAACAGAUGACCUGGAAGGAGAUGUUUCAACCACUUGGCACAGUAAUGAUGACGACGUGUAUAGGGCACCUCCAAUUGACCGUUCUAUCCUGCCCACUGCUCCACGGGCUGCUCGGGAACCCAAUAUCGACCGGAGCCGUCUUCCAAAAUCGCCACCCUAUACUGCUUUUCUAGGGAACCUGCCCUAUGAUGUGACAGAAGAAUCCAUUAAGGAAUUCUUUAGAGGAUUAAAUAUCAGUGCAGUGCGUUUACCUCGUGAACCCAGCAAUCCAGAGAGGUUGAAAGGUUUUGGUUAUGCUGAGUUUGAGGACCUGGAUUCUUUGCUCAGUGCCCUGAGCCUCAACGAAGAGUCUCUAGGUAACAGGAGAAUUCGAGUGGACGUUGCUGAUCAAGCACAGGAUAAAGACAGGGAUGAUCGUUCUUUUGGCCGAGAUAGAAAUCGGGAUUCUGACAAAACAGAUACAGACUGGAGGGCGCGUCCUGCCACAGACAGCUUCGAUGAUUACCCGCCAAGGAGAGGUGAUGAUAGCUUUGGAGACAAGUAUCGAGAUCGUUACGAUUCAGAUCGAUACCGCGAUGGGUAUCGGGAUGGGUAUCGUGAUGGCCCACGCCGAGAUAUGGAUCGAUACGGGGGCCGGGAUCGCUAUGAUGACCGAGGCAGCAGAGACUACGACAGAGGCUACGAUUCCAGGAUAGGCAGUGGCAGAAGAGCAUUUGGUAGUGGGUACCGUAGGGAUGACGACUACAGAGGAGGCGGGGACCGCUAUGAAGACCGAUACGACAGACGAGACGAUCGGUCAUGGAGCUCCAGAGAUGAUUACUCUCGGGAUGACUAUAGGCGUGAUGAUAGAGGUCCCCCCCAAAGACCCAAACUGAAUCUAAAGCCUCGGAGUACACCUAAGGAAGAUGAUUCCUCUGCUAGCACCUCCCAGUCCAGUCGAGCGGCCUCUAUCUUUGGAGGGGCAAAGCCUGUUGACACAGCUGCUAGAGAGCGAGAAGUAGAAGAGCGGCUGCAGAAGGAGCAGGAGAAGCUGCAGCGCCAGCUGGAUGAGCCAAAACUAGACCGUCGGCCCCGGGAGAGACACCCAAGCUGGCGAAGUGAAGAGACUCAGGAACGAGAACGGUCCAGGACAGGAAGUGAGUCAUCACAGACUGGGACCUCGGCCACAUCUGGCAGAAGUAAGUCAGACCAGGAUGCACGAAGGAGAGAGAGUGAAAAGUCUCUAGAAAAUGAAGCACCCAGUAAGGAGGAAGACUGUCACUCUCCAACUUCCAAGCCUCCCAAAUCUGAACAGCCUCUGAAGGUAAUGCCAGCCCCUCCGCCAAAGGAGAAUGCUUGGGUGAAGCGAAGUUCCAUCCCUCCUGCUCGAUCGCAGAGCUCAGACACAGAGCAGCCAUCCCCUACCAGUGGUGGGGGGAAAGUAGUUCCAUCUCAACCACCUGAGGAAGGACCAGCAAGGAGAGCAGAUGAAAACAAAGUAGAUGGGGUGAGUGUCCCAAAAGGCCAAAGUGGGAACUCCAGCCGUGGCCCAGGAGACGGAGGGAACAAGGACCACUGGAAGGAGUCAGAUAGGAAAGAUGGCAAAAAGGAUCAAGACUCCCGAUCUGCACCUGAGCCAAAGAAACCUGAAGAAAAUCCAGCUUCUAAGUUCAGUUCUGCAAGCAAGUAUGCUGCUCUCUCUGUUGAUGGCGAAGAUGAGAACGAGGGAGACGAUUACACCGAAUAGACCUCUGCAUCCUGUGCUUUCUCCUAGUCUCUCCACCCUGGAACAUUCGAGAGCAAAUCAAACCUCUAUCCAGACAAGACAAUAAAACUCACCAUCUCCUGGAGACCUUUCUUAACUUUUUUUAAAAAAAACAAAAAACAAAAUGAAAAAUUCUUUUGCAUGCUGCUGCAGCCUUUAAAGUAUUGAACUAACUGGAGAAUCGCCAAUGUAGCCAGAGAGAAAGAGACGUACAGCUUUUCAUGGCAAGGUUGUGCAUUUUUGCGACACAUGCAGUUGCCUGUGUGAUUAGUGCCUGGGGGCCUCCAUUUAGCAGAAUGGCAGUGACAGCGAUGCAGUGUCUGGAACCUGGUUGAGCAGUAGGGCAGGCUUAAGGAAGAGUGAGAUUUCUACAUUUUAAUUCUUAUGAUCCUGUUGUGGCAUAUAUGAAUUCUCAAACAUUACCUGAAUAAAUUUUCCAUCCUUGGAAAGGUAGGUUUAGUCUCUGAAGUUCUAGUCUCUAGGAGGCUGCCUGCCCCUCCUCUUACUUAAUUCGGAGUUCCUGGGGGGAUUCCUUCAUUUUUACCCCCCAGGGGGGUAGUUGGGAGUGAGUCUCUGGACCACUAAAGAACAGGACUGCUUGGUGACCAAAAUAAGCGGGGAAAUCGUAGUUUGAAAGGAGGUUAUGGGGAAGGGACUAAUUAUUUUGCACCGAUGAUUGGGGGAAACGGCAUGACCUCCAGUGAACACUGGAGCAAGAAGCACUUCAGGAUCAUGGGAAUUCCCGUCUUUACUGUGUCCUGGUUUUGCCCUUUCUUAAACACUAUCCUUUCUGGAAGUUCACAUAUAUCCACAGUCUGUUGAAAUCUUGAAGCUUUGAAAAUGUAGGCUCUCGUCCUGGUCUCCUAUCCUCAUGCUACUCUUCGCUGUUCCCUCCCCCAAAACAGCUUCUGCUUAAACCACACACCUGACCUGGGCUUUUUCUGUCCACCCCAGGGAGCAGAAGCAAAUAAGGAAUCACAGGCUCUUCUCCAACAAAUCUUGGCUCUCUCGUGUCUUUGGACUCUCAUUCCUUCCCUCCAUCCCUGCUUCGAUUUCUUUGACCCCCUUUACACCUCAGAAAACUGGAAUUAAUGGUCUUGGGCGGUGAGUGAGGGUGGAAAAUAGGGACAUUGUGAGCUGUUCUUACAACCUUGAUGGGGGCUUUUUGGUUUUGUUCUUAAGUUUUCCUUCUCCACUGAAAUCCCAUACAGUGUUUGGAUUUAUAAUGUGGCCUCGACCAAUGUGGUUUUUUGGUGGUUUUGAGGGGGUUUUUUGUUGUUGUGUUUUUGGUUUUUUUUUCCUUAAGCUUCCCUUGAGAGAACAAAUAAUAGCGGAGAGAACUGUUUAGCAAGGUCCUGGCUUCUGUUGUACCACAAUAGCUUAACUGGCCUCCUUUUAUGUGCACCUUUGUACUGUCAGCCCAGGAGAUGGUGUCCUUAUGGGUAAUACUGGGACCGGCAGAGAAGUGACACCCUGGUCUCUUGUUCGCGAGCCCUUCUCCCAUCAGUCCUAGGUUAGACCCUGCCCCUCCAGCGGACGUGUUGGUGGAGUGCUGCAGCAGUGAGCUAAUGAGUCCUUUACCCCGUGGACAUAAAAGACUUCCAAGUGAAGUAACUUUAAAUAAUUGGCUUGGAUUGGCCAGUAGCCAGGAAGUGGAUUUUAGAGAACUACCCAAGGCUGAAAGGGGUUGGUGUUCUGUUGUUGGGUUUUUUGUUUCAAUACCAUUGAAAAGGUAGGUUUUGCCCUCUUUGGGUCUACUCCUUCCAAAUGGUUGUAUCCAAAAAAGCUGUUUUUUCCCCACUCCCCUCCUGCCCCCGUUUCCACAGAAACGGGUUCUGUCCCGCUCCUUAAUACAUGUAAAAUUUGUACAAAAUAUCUUCUAUGAAAAUGAUUUGUAAUCUGUAGACUUAAUACCUGGGAGAUCUCUUGAGAUGUAAAAUCCCAUCCUUUGGGUUGUGGGCUUUUUUGUUUUGUUUUGUUUUCUCCAAAUAAAUCUGAUCUUUAAAGUUCA